AUGUCAAGUAAAGAAUAUCAGAUUUUAAAAAUCGUCAAAACAUUAGACGAAGCUGAUGUUAUUCUAAAGGAGCAUAAUGUAUCAAAAUAUCGAACGUCUGAUUUAUCGAGCUCCACUAAAUAUUCUUAUCGAUGCAGCAAUUAUCGAAAAUAUCCAUUAUUCAAAAUCGAAAUACAAGUUUAUGUUGAUAACAAUCACCUAACAGAAAUUAAACUAAUGUAUAAAAAUGUACAUUGCCAUGAACAGCGUAAUACAACAACUCGUGCACCAUCACCUGUACGUGAAUUAGUUUCAAACUACGUUCAAUGCAAUCUUACAGAAGUUCAAAUUAAAAAUUUAUUAUUUGUGAACGAUCCAACAACUUCAAUGCCAACUAAUCAAUUAUCGAAUUUAAUUAACUAUGCUCGACGAAAAAAUAAUCCUGAAAUAUUUUCGGUUUAUGAUUUUAAUCAGUGGUGUAUUAAUCAUAAAUACGAUGAGAACUCAAUCCAUUCGACAUUUGUACCUUAUUAUUAUAUUAAUGAUAUCAAUGAUAUUUUUGUAUUCUUUACAACGAAACAAUUAUUAAAAGAUACACAAUUAUCAUCCUUAUUACAAGUGGAUGCAACUUACAAGCGUACAUGGAAUGAACUGCCAUUAUUAGUAUUUGGUUCAUCAGAUGCUGAUCGCCAUUUCCGGCCAUUCGGUGUAGCCUUAGUAUCUAGCGAAUGA